CCAAUAACAGAUCUGGUGGGGGUUGUUAUUAAGGUUGUGUGUUGUGUGUAAGACCUCAGUCCGGUUUGAGUCGCACAAUGGAGCGAGCCACAAUCAGAUUAACUCUCUUGAGUCUCUUGCUUAUCUGUGUCAUUUCUACCCCAAUCAAGAAGCCACGGGAUGUUGACAUCUACAGCUUCCACAUCAAUUCUACAGUAAACAGCCGCUACGCCAUUACAGUCAUCACAAGCCGUGUGGCGAACCGGCUCAGUGAGUCCAAAGAGAUUCAUUUCCAGGUCAAGAUACCAAAAAAUGCUUUCAUCAGCAAAUUCAGGAUGACCAUAGAAGGAAAGACAUAUGAUGGAGUUGUGAAGAAGAAAGAAGAGGCACAGCAGCAGUACAGUGCGGCAGUAUCCCGAGGAGAAAGUGCCGGAAUUGUCGGCUCGGUAGGACGGACCCUGGAGGAGUUUAAAACCUCAGUGACGGUGGCAGCUCUCAGUAAGGUGACCUUUGAACUCACCUAUGAGGAGCUGCUAAAGCGAAGACUUGGCAAAUACAAGUUACAAAUCAAUGCCCAACCAAUGCAGCCUGUGGCAGAUUUCAAGAUUGAUGUGUAUAUUAAUGAGAAUCCAGGAAUUUCCUUCCUGGAGGUACAAGGAGGGCUGAAAACUCAGGAGCUGUUUAAUGCUGUAAUCAGUACUCUAGCUGACUCUACCAAAGAGGCAUGGGUGAACUUUUACCCCACUCGCGAGCAGCAAACAAAGUGUGAAGGUUGUGGAGAAAAUGGAUUAAAUGGAGACUUGCUCAUAGAGUAUGAUGUGAAGAGACCAAAACAGAAUGGAGAACUGAGGGCAUCAAAUGGCUAUUUCGUCCACUACUUUGCACCCACAGAUAUUCAGCAAAUCCCAAAAAAUAUGGUCUUUAUUAUAGACAGAAGUGGCUCUAUGCACGGCAGAAAAAUUAAUCAGACUCGUACGGCAAUGUUGAAGAUUUUGGAAGAUCUUGGUCAGGAUGACUACUUUGGCCUAAUCAUCUUUGACUCUGAAGUAGAUGUCUGGAAAGCGGAACUUCUCCAAGCCACAAAACAGAAUCUGAAGCAAGCAAAGGACUUUGUGAAGAACAUUAAAGAUCGAGGAGCCACAGAUAUCAAUGCUGCAGUGCUGAAGGGGGUGGACAUGAUCAAGAGAUACCCCAGAGAGGGCUCUGCCUCCAUCCUCAUCCUGCUUACUGAUGGAGACCCCACUUCAGGUGAAACAAACACCGAAAGAAUUCAGGCCAAUGUCAAAGCGGUCAUUGGUGGUAAAUUUCCACUUUACUGUCUGGGGUUUGGAUUUGAUGUAAACUUUGAUUUUUUGGAGAAAAUGGCACUGGAAAAUGAUGGAGUUGCUCGCAGGAUCUAUGAGGACUCGGAUGCUGACCUCCAGCUGCAGGGUUUCUAUGAAGAAGUGGCCACCACACUGUUAACUGAUGUCCAACUGAAAUAUCCUGGAGGAGCAAAUCUCACCCAGACCAGUUUCAGGCAGUAUUAUAAUGGCUCAGAGAUCGUGGUGGCUGGGCAAAUCACAGACAACAGCCUGGAAACUUUACAAACCGAGGUCAUCGCAAUCUCGAAAAACACAAAUGUAACAUACCAGGACUCCAUAUCAACAAAAGAUGUCACUGAUAUCUUACCACAACAUGAAAACUUCAUCCAGAGACUGUGGGCUUAUCUUACAGUGAAACAGCUCCUGGAGAAAGAAGUGGCACUCAAAGGAAAUGAGAAAGAAGCAGCCCAGAAAAAAGCUCUGGACCUCUCUCUGAAAUAUGAAUUUGUGACUCCACUCACCUCCAUGGUGGUCACUAAGCCACAGGAAGAAGAGACACAGGUUGCCCACAAACCAAAAGAAGGGGCAAAACCACCCAAAAUGCAUCAUGGACUGAUGGCGUACUUGACUCCAUAUAGUGUCGGGAUUCCCAAGUCAAGCUACCUAGUUCAUACAGACGUACAAAUUUCCCCAGAUCCAUUUGAACCAGGUCUAUUAGCACCAAGAAGACGUCAACCAAGACCACCUUACUUUCUACAUGCACACUAUGAUGAACCAAAUUCAGACUAUGACACAUCAGGUUCAGUAGAGAGAAUGGACCCUUUAAAACCAGUUCCCAGGCCAACGUUCAUUACCCAAACUGCAGUCAUCCAAACAGUGGGUAAUGUGAGGUUCUUAAUCUCUGCUCAGCCUAAACAGAUCUGUUAUGACACACCUGCAGGCCACAAACUCCGACUCUUUUUGGACAAUUCAUCAGACAUUUCUAUAAAUGGCCAACUCUCAGAUAAUGGCUUUACACUAGUUGCUAUUCAUUAUAAAACAGCAAAACUUCUUGUGAGCCCUGCUGAAAGUGUCUACUCUGAUGGUGAGAACAGUGUGAAGUUCGUGUGGGGACAGCCCAGCAGUCAUGAGUCGGAGAACAUAACAAUAUUUCAAAGCAGCAACGAAUUAGACAUCACCAUGGGAACUGUGAGUGUUGUUCUCCUCAUUCAUAGGAACAGUGGAAAUGAUUUUCUGUGGCCUGUUGUUCAACAACAAGGAAAACAUGCUAACAUUAGAGGCAUUCUGGGAAAAGCUGAUCUUCAGUAUGAGGAGCUCCCAGGAUCAAAACUGAAAAUCAAGGACCAGGAAGUUGAAGCUCCCCAGAGUUCUGCCAUCGACUACAGAUUUUCUGCUGCCCCUAGGGUGAAUUGCUGGCUUGUACCAUUCCAGUCUGCCCUGCAGGGGGAGCUGUCUGACUUCACUGUCUCACAGCUGUAGAAUUCCAUGUGAAAUAUGUGAAUCUUAUUUUCAGCUUGUCCUAACUGCAACACUGCAGUCUUCUAGCUCCUGAUGGCAUGCUUGAAUA